AUCGUCUACCCACCGACGACAGCAGUCAAGGUCUCAAGAGAGGCCAAGUGAGGCGGAGGAAUCUCCGUGGGAGCAGCCAUGGCGUCACCGACGCCGCAGCAGCAGAUUAUGAUGUCGAGGAAGCUUCUGUUGGCGGCGGUAGUAUUUCUUAUAGCGGCGGCCUCGUUUCCCGGCGUCGGUGCUUGGACUGGCGAAAUCCAUGGAAGAGUUGUCUGUGAUGUGUGUGGGGAUUCCUCCAUUGGGCCCGAGGAUCACGUCUUGGAAGGUGCUGAAGUAGCCGUUCUGUGCAUAACAAAGCCAGGAGAAGUAGUCAACUAUCAAGCAUUCACAAAUGCUAAAGGGGUGUACACUGUUGCAGAAACCAUGCCUGAAAGCGACCGUUGGGAUGCAUGCCUGGCAAGACCUAUCAGCAGCUUCCAUGAACGCUGCAACCAACUUGGUCCUUCUAGCAAAGGGCUGAAGUUCAGUUACAACAAGCCGUCCGGAUAUUCUCACAGCGUCAGACCGUUUGUGUAUCGUCCUUCUAGCGCCCCGACAUACUGCCUGUAGAUGUUAGCCAACCUCAUAAGUCGAUAUAUCACCAGAUAUUGUAUACUGAAAGUAGCUGCAGCCUGCAGAAUAAAGCUGAAAUUUUGAAGGUUCAUUUCUUGAUCCGUGCUAUGAAGUAGAUGUACUUUUACUCUGAUAAAAUUUGGAGUGUGCUUUUUGAACUCUAGGAAGUGCUGUUGUUUAUGCAUAAGCAGGAACCAGUCCUGUAGUUAACGGUGGGAAUUCGGUUGCGGUUUCACGGUG